UGAGCUUUCGUGGUGCUAAUUUUAGUUUCGUUAACCGGUGGCUUCUCGGUAAGCAGCCCAAAUGUAUAAAUAACUAUUUAAAUAUUUAUUUCCUUAAACAUAUUUAUUUAAAGAAGACGCAUUUGUUUUGGAGAGAUGGAUUAUCCAAACCAGAGUGGGUUCAGACAGCAACCAAAUGUCAGGAUGCGAGGCACCACUAUGGACACCGGUGAUGCCAGUCCAUUAUUUGAUGACACUAGCGCUGGGGGGCACAAACACAGCAGAAAAAAUGAUACAGGACAGGCUUUCCUCUCAGACCCCAUGUCAAACCUGGCCAUGGCUUAUGGCAGCAGUUUGGCCUCCCACGGCAAAGAGAUGAUGGAUAAAAAUCUGGAUCGAUUCAUCCCCAUCUCUAAGUUAAAGUACUAUUUUGCAGUAGAUACAGUAUAUGUUGGGAAGAAGCUUGGAUUGCUUGUAUUUCCCUACAUGCAUGAAAACUGGGAGGUGAGCUACCAGCAGGACACACCAGUCGCCCCGCGGUUUGAUAUCAAUGCCCCUGAUCUAUACAUUCCCGUAAUGGGUUUCAUUACAUACGUCCUGGUUGCAGGCCUGGCCCUGGGCACACAGAACCGCUUUUCUCCAGAGAUGUUGGGCAUUCAGGCAAGCUCAGCUCUGGUCUGGCUCAUUAUUGAGGUUCUGGCUGUGCUCCUCAGUCUUUAUCUGGUGACAGUGAACACUGACCUCACCACUAUCGAUCUGGUGGCCUUUUCUGGAUACAAAUAUGUUGGGAUGAUGAUAGGUGUGGUAGCAGGCCUUCUGUUUGGGCGGACAGGAUAUUACCUCACAUUGCUUUGGUGCUGUGUCUCUAUUUUUGUCUUUAUGAUUCGCACACUACGGUUGAAGAUCCUCUCUGAGGCAGCUGCAGAGGGACGGUUAGUGCGAGGAGCGAAAAACCAACUUCGAAUGUAUCUAACAAUGUCCAUCGCUGCUGCGCAGCCCAUAUUUAUGUACUGGUUUACCUUUCAUCUGGUCAGAUAAGAACGGAAGCACCCUGGAGGAACAGCCAUGUUUCCACCACAGCAUUCACAAAGGAAAGAUCCUCUUCUAUACAGACAUGAGCCAAUUUGCACACACGUAAUAAAAACAAUAGACAUACAUUGUGGAGCCUCAUAGCACAAUAUUGCGCAGCUGUCUUUUGUAUAUUUUUGUCAUGUACGUUUCUAGGAACUAUUGCUUUUGGUUUGUAUGAUGUAUGAUGGGUAAUGUAUUUUUCUGUUUAUGUUUGCAAACCACUCAUGUUAUGACUAUGCCAGGCUGCCACUGUUAAAUACCUGCUGGCAGAUUACCUGCUAUAUAUGUGACUGUUUGGUAACAUUACCUAAAUGAAACUCGCUCUGUGUGAUGUGUUUUGUGUACAUGUAGUCAUUCAUUACUCUGCCCUGAUUGCCACUGUUAUGGAUCAUUCAGAGUCUUAAGGUUACACAAAUACAUGCCUAACUCAGAUUUUAUAGAAAUAUGUCUGGAAGUAACUAUGCUUUUUUUAAGGUUCAUUUGCAUAUCAGUUUUUCCAGAAUUUGGAAAUAAAAAUAAAAGAUGUCCACAAGA